AUGCGCCAAGGUGGGCUCACCUCUCCGGACCUCUUCAACCUGUACGUCAAUGAGCUUAUCGUGGGUCUGAGGAGCACCAAGGUCGGUUGUCAUGUCGGGGGGGUUUGUAUGAACAACCUCAGUUAUGCGGAUGACAUGGUGCUCCUCAGCCCCUCGAUCAACGGUCUCCAGAAGCUGCUUUCAGUCUGUGAGAAUUAUGCCAAUUCUCACGGGCUGAAGUACAACGUAUCUAAGACGGAGAUGUUGGUGUUUAGGGCUGGCAGAGGUCCGGAGAGGGUCCCUGAGGUAGUUCUGAACGGUGCGCCAGUUCGGGUUGUGCAGCGGUUCAAGUACCUUGGCCAUAUUUUGACGGAGGACCUGAGAGACGAGUGUGACAUCGAGCGGGAGAGGCGGGCGCUCUCGAUCAGAUGCAACAUGCUCGCGCGUAGAUUCCACAGAUGCAGCAGUGAUGUCAAAAUUACUCUUUUUAAAGCAUACUGCCAAAAUAUGUACACCUGCCAUCUGUGGAUCAAGUACACCAGAAGGGCGAUGAGCACCAUGAGGGUGCAGUAUAAUGAUGCAUACCGCACGCUCAUGCGGCUGCCACGCUUCUGUAGCGCGUCGAGCAUGUUCGCGGAGGCGGGGGUGCCCGACUUUUUCGCCGUCCUCAGGUCACGUAUCGCUUCUUUCUGGUCGGGGCUGAGCAGCUCCGGAAAUGCAAUCUUGAAUGCUGUAUCGCAAGAUAUCACCAAUCCUUUUUACAAGCAUUGGAUAUCUGUUCAUCAGGACGCGAAUCGCAAAUGA